UUUGCGUUGUGUGGGUGUAAUGAAUCCCAAAGAAAUGUCAGAAUGAUGUGCAAGAGAAAAUAAAUCAAAGGAUUUUCUAGGACUCGUAAAUUAGGGACUUACGGUGUGUGAUUUAGUGUAAACAUACAGCCAGGACCAUGAUCCAUCUCACGUCGCAGAAUCUGUCCACGAAGGACAUCAUCCAGACCGUCUUUUCGCCACUCAUUGGGGCGACGUGCAGCCCACAGGCGGAGGAGAUGUGCCAGAAGAACAAUUUAACAUUCGCGGAGAUGCUUCAGCCCUUCUGUCGCCUCACCACGGAUGCCUCCUUUCGUGAUUCCUCCGGGACGAGUGUCUCCCUCAAGGGUAUUCGCCUCAAUGUCUGCGAUGUGGCCUGGCGACCGCCUCAAACGGUACUCGCGCGGAAGAUGCUAAAUGAUGCUGUGACCAAUGUUCAGUGCGACAAAACACGAGCAAUUAGUGUGGAUGAAGCCACAACCUUUGACAUUCCAUUCUCGGAGCCUUGGUACGAGCAGUGGCGCGAGACCUUCCUCACCGUUCAAUUCCCCGCAGAUCACGAGUUCACGCGGCACUUCCUCAGCUGCCUCAUUGUGCUGUCGAGCUCUGAUCCCAACCCACUAGAUUCAGCCAAUCAGCUCACGCGCAAAGUGCAAAUGAUGCAGAACGUGACGCCCCCAAAACUACCCAAAUGGUUCACGCAGGAUCCCCUAAAUUGCUACAUUAUGCUGCACGAUGGCUGCUCGGGGGACAUUACGAAGGCCCAGCAGGCAUUUGAGUCACUAAAGAUGACCUACGGGGAGAAUAAGUGCUUCCUGUUGCAGAUUAAUUCACUCCAGGGCACUCCUGGGGAAUGCCCGGAUCCCUGGCUGAGGUAUUUGAAGCGCCACGCACGGGCUGAUCCGAAUGUGACUGAGAAUGAUAGUAGUAGUACCCCGAAGUCACCGCAAGACAGCGGGGUGUCCAUGACGAUGCAGAUGAGCACGCUGGAAACACCCCCAUCGGGGAUUCUUAUUGGGGAAGUUGUGCAUCACCCACUGAGCCCCCUUCAGGAGCACGCGGGAGACAUAUCGGCCAUGUCCACGAGCACGGAGAGCUUGACGUCGCAGCCUAUUAAUCCGAAUGUGUGGGCCGGGGAGGAGCAUGUGGAUGUUCCGCAUGGGAUGUGCUUAGCAGCCAGCGAUAUGGAGAAUCUGCGGCAUCUCAUUCAGGACUACACACUGCGAGCUCUCAUUCCGUACAUUGAAAAGCUCGUCUAUGCACUGAAUGAGUCCAUAACAACGAAGAAGGGAGUCAGCCGGUCCCUCCUGACGGCCACGAAGCGUUGGUUUGUCACAAAUAAACCCGGAACGGGGAAUGCCACGCAAAACGCUGUGGUGUACACGAAUGAAUCGACGGAGCUGCAGACACGGAAGAUUGGGGAUCUCUACUUCAUGUUCGGGCACUACGGGUCAGCCUUCCAGGCGUAUCAUCAGGCUAAGAGGGAUUUCAAUGCGGACUCCGCGUGGCAGUACUACGCGGGGGCGCUUGAAAUGGCCGCUUUGGCUGCUUUUAUGCAGGGAGUGGCCAGCCGGAAGACGUACGAUUACAUGGAGGAGGCCAUUGUGACGUACCUCAACAUUUGCAAACUCCCGCAGUUCGCCACACGAGCCACAAUCCUCAGUGUUGAAUGCCUCAAAGUGGGCCGACUCUACGGCGAGGCGGCUAAACAGCUCAUCCGGAUGACAAGUGAGGAUUCAGAUCUACGUUCGGGGCUCCUGCUGGAACAGGCUGCUUAUGCUUUCCUCAGCUCACAGCCGCCACUCUUCCGCAAAUAUGCAUUCCACGCUGUCCUUGCGGGCCAUCGAUACUCCAAGGCGGGGCAGCGAAAGCACGCCUUCCGGUGCUACAAGCAGGCUCAUCAGGUAUUUGAGAAUCGUGGCUGGAGCUUAGCUGAGGAUCACAUUCAGUACACAAUUGGGAGGCAGGCGAUCUCCCUGAAGAAGCCCGAAGAAGCCAGUGUGCCCCUUUCGCAUCUGCUGCGCCCGUCGAGCCUUCAGAGUUCCGUGCAGCAGGCUGUCUUCCUGCGUGAAUACAUCCAGACACAUCGUGCCCUCCAGGCGAGUCAGGAGAAUGGGAAUCUCCUCAGUAUCUCCCUGCCGCGCAUUGUGCAGGAUCGUACGCGCCUGCUCGUGACUUCCCAGCCACCCGUGACAAUCCCCAAUAUGCUUCCGGCAACGAAUCUCACGAUCAACACGAGGCUGGAGCAUGAAGCUGUGUGGGUGAAGCUGGAGGAGAUGGCGGCGCAAAUGGCCUCGAAGAAGCCCAUAAUGAUUUUCAAGCCAACACGGAGUCUCUUCACGCACGAAACGGACAACACAACGCAUCCGCUGGCCAUUCACGGGGAACCCAUUGAGAUUAGUGUUACCUUCGAGAAUACCAUCAAGAUUCCCAUUGUUUUCAGCGACAUCCACCUCCUGUGGCGCUUCAAGCGCAGCGAUACGGGUGAGGAGAUGUCCAAUGGGCACCUCUUCCGGGGCCUAAUUGACGGGGAAGCAGAUCGCACGGGGAUGGAGGGAGUUAUCUCGGCCAAUGUCAUCAGCACCGUGAACAUCAAUGAGCACGAAUACAAGACAAUUCUCUUCAAAGUUACCCCCAAAGUUACCGGGAUGCUCCAUGUGACGGGAAUUAUUGGGCAAUUAUCCGCUGUGACGGAUCCAACAUGCCUCUGGGGGAAGAUGGACUUUGAACGCAUCCCCAUCCGAGCGAAAGAUCCCCCUGUUGGGGAUAAAGCUCCGGAAUUUGAUAAACGUCUCGAUAUUCAGGUACUCGAUCCAGCUCCAGCGCUCUGUGUGAGCUUCGGGGAGAUGCCACAGGAAGUUCUGGCGGGAGAAAUAAUCCCCGUAACGGUGCAGAUGACAAAUUGUGGCGCCACAGCACUGACGGAUAUCUACAUGUCCGUGGAGGCGCCACGAUGGUUCCUCGUGAGUCCCGAACGGGCUGAAUUGCCGCUGUCUGUGCUGCGGAAUUAUCGUGAUUUAAGCAAUGAGAACUUGAGCAGGGAUCGUGAGGCAAGGAAGCAGCAUGUCUUCCGGGUGUAUGGCAUUGCGGAUGAUGGGAAACCCCUGCAGCCGAGUGAGACGAAGGCAGCAACCUUCUGGAUACAGAUACCCCACCGGAAGGGUUCCGUAGACCUAAAGGCACUCAUCUACUACAACAUGCCUCCGGAUUAUUCCAAAUUGAAAUACCGCGUCCUUCGUCACGUGUGGAACUUCAACGUCAACGAAUCCCUGCUCCUGGAGGCGAAUUGCAAUGUAACGUACGGCCGGGAAAGGCAACUUGGGGUGGAUAUGUCGAUAAAGAACUUGAAUCAAGUGCAUCAUCCUGUGAUGACGGAGGUCUACCUUCAUGAUCUACAUCUGUACAGUCCGGAGAAUAGGUUGAAUGCGAAGAAAAUUGUCUGGGCUGAGAGUCCCGGACAGAGGAGUUUAGUGCAUGAGAAUGGGGGGCUGAAAUCAACGGAACUCGUUUCCUUUCGGUGCUCCCUUGAUGCCCACAAGGCUGCUGUGGCGACAAAUCAAACUCCAGAGCGUUUCAUUGAGGUGCAACUGUCAAAGGUCACGCUGAAGGCAACAAAGGCCGAGGAGGUGAAGAGAUUGCCGUCUGUGCAGAAGGUGGGGAGCUUCCUCAUGAAGGAGGAGACAAAGUACAUUAAGGUGAUGGGCAGUAGUGGUACCAGUGAGGAAUUCAAUCAGAUUGUCGCAAAUGCCGAUCGACACAUGACCCUAGGGGUGACCUGGAGUGCCCAGAUUAGUGACAAUGGAGCCAAUAGACGGACAGCAGCGGGUCAGCAUUUUGUACAGCUCAGGCAUCUCUAUGAGAGUGGAUUCUGCCCCCCUCGUGAAAGGAUUCACAAAACAUCGUUCACUAGUCACGAAGAUAUUUGUAGUAUAUUUGACUUUCCGCGUGAGGAGUCCAAUGCACUGCAGGAGGAUCAUCAGAGUGUCAAUAUAGCAAAGAGAACUCUUCUAGAUGCUGACUUCAGAAUAGUAGAUGCCGUGGAUGAGGGGAAUGCCGAGAAAACCAAUUGACACUAAUAUCAAUCGAUAGUUUUGUUUAUUUUACAAAUUAUUAGGAAGCAAAUUAUCAAGAAAAUGUUAAAUAAAACAAAGGAAAACGUUAUAAAUUAUUUUAUAGAAAGCAAAA